AUAAAAUAUUCUCAAUAUAUUCCACCUGUCGUAGCUAGUGCUGGCUUCCUCUCCGGCCGUAAGUGGGAAGGUAUUCCACCUGUCGUAGCUAGUACUGGCUUCCUCUCCGGCCGUAAGUGGGAAGGUAUUCCAGUAACCUACGGAGGGGCGUGGGUUUCCCCCCGGGUUCUACCCAGUUUUCUCCCACCAUAAUGCUGGCCGCUGUCGUAUAAAAGAAAUAGUAUUAAACGUAAAAAUACCAAUCAAAAUAAAAUAAAAUCCACCUGUCGUAACCACUAUACAGUCUUCUGAAUAUAUUCCACCUGCCGUCACCACCAGUUUUCUGAAUAUAUUCCACCUGCCGUCACCACUAUACAGUUUUCUGCAUAUAUUCCACCUAUCGUCACCACUAUAGUCUUCUGAAUGUAUUCCACCUGCCGUCGCCACUAUAGUUUUCAAAAUAUCUUCCACAUGCUGUCACCACUAUACAAUCCUCUGAAUGUAUUCCACCUGUCGUCACCACUAUACAAUCCUCUGAAUGUAUUCCACCUGUCGUCACCACUAUACAAUCCUCUGAAUGUAUUCCACCUGUCGUCACCACUAUACAAUCCUCUGAAUGUAUUCCACCUGUCGUCACCACUAUAUAAUCUUCUGAAUAUAUUCCACCUGUCGUCACCACUAUACAAUCCUUUGAAUGUAUUCCAUCUGUCGUCACCACUAUACAAUCUUCUGAAUGUAUUCCACCUGCCGUCACCACUAUACAAUCCUCUGAAUGUAUUCCACCUGCCGUCACCACUAUACAAUCCUCUGAAUAUAUUCCACCUGUCCUCACCACUAUACAAUCCUCUGAAUGUAUUCCAUCUGUCGUCACCACUAUACAAUCUUCUGAAUGUAUUCCACCUGCCGUCACCACUAUACAAUCCUCUGAAUGUAUUCCACCUGUCGUCACCACUAUACAAUCCUCUGAAUGUAUUCCACCUGUCGUCACCACUAUAUAAUCUUCUGAAUAUAUUCCACCUGUCGUCACCACUAUACAAUCCUUUGAAUGUAUUCCAUCUGUCGUCACCACUAUACAAUCUUCUGAAUGUAUUCCACCUGUCGUCACCACUAUAUAAUCUUCUGAAUAUAUUCCACCUGUCGUCACCACUAUACAAUCCUUUGAAUGUAUUCCAUCUGUCGUCACCACUAUACAAUCUUCUGAAUGUAUUCCACCUGCCGUCACCACUAUACAAUCCUCUGAAUGUAUUCCACCUGCCGUCACCACUAUACAAUCCUCUGAAUAUAUUCCACCUGUCCUCACCACUAUACAAUCCUCUGAAUGUAUUCCACCUGCCGUCACCACUAUAUAAUCCUCUGAAUGUAUUCCACCUGCCGUCACCACUAUACCAUCCUCUGAAUGUAUUCCACCUGUCGUCACCAGUAUAUAAUCUUCUGAAUGUAUUCCACCUGUCGUCACCACUAUACAAUCCUCUGAAUGUAUUCCACCUGUCGUCACCACUAUACAAUCUUCUGAACAGAUGA